AUGAUGUACAUGGUGCAGUCCGUCUCGUACGCGCACCCCGAGGGCCCGUCCAUCCAGCUGGGCUUCGACCUCACGCCUGAGGAGCUCGACAGGCCCGUCCACGUUCACGAGAUGUUCCGCGACUCGCACGUCUAUGCUCUGAUCGGGUUCUUGCAGUGGGAGCUCGGAAAGGAGUUGGAGUUGGCGUUGGACAAGGAUAGGGAAGAUAUGGGCGACACCGAUGGAGGAGGCAUCGUCUUGGAGCCCUUGUGCUCUCAGUUGCAAGAGGUCUCGUUGACCGACUCGAACGAUUCCAAGAGUCCGAAGCGAGAUUACUUCCCGUACAUGGAACUUCCUGCCGAGCUCAAGAACAUGCUCAACAACGUCUUUGAACAGGAUGAGGCUGUGGCCUUAUCGAGCACCUGCUCUGGACUUCGGACUCUGCUUCGGCCCUCGGCAUUCAAAUCAAUCGGUCUGGUUGGGCAGUAUAACGACCUGAGUGAGAAGAUCACCGAAGUGAUUCGCUUGGGAUGGCCCACGCAAGCCAUGAGGUCACUCAAGAUACAUGUGAUUAGACCCCCCGGCGCUAUCAGGGUGAUAGAUCAUAUCUUUCUGAUGGGCCUCGGCGACCAUAUCCACGAUCUGCUCAAUCCCUCAGAAGCUUCACUCGAAGACCUGACCUUGAUUUGGGAAUUUACCACCUUGGCGUUGCGUAAGGAUACAUUGGCUCUCUUCGGUGCAUUUGAAGAAAAGCCUCUGUGUCUCGCAAGACUGCGUGCCCUUCGUGUCAGAUCGACCAACAGAAAGAUAAGCGAUGGAUUUUUCCGUUACUUGGAAAAGGCAACUCCUUGCUUGGAGUUCGUUUCGCUGACGACAUUCACUGACGACACUGUCAAUGCCUUCGAAAUGCAGCAUUAUGAGCCAAACUACUACGACGACCCAGACGAGACUGACCAGCAAGAGCAGAACUUCAAGCUAGCAGAAACCUUCCAUGAAGAGACAAGAACUUUAGUCAUUGAUUCAUUGGACUACGAUGACACAACCAGGGGCGUUCAAGACAUGAUGGAAGCGUUUCCGGGCUUGGAGAACUUGGCAGUGCAUCAAAUGCCCAAUACCCGACGUUAUGACCGAAUCAUUUGGCAAAUGGCAUACGACGGAAACAAUAUCCGCAAGUUGUCGCUACCGUUGUUCUUGAACACCGACGGCAGUCCGUGGUGUAUUCCUGGUCGUGUGGCAUGGGUACAGCUUCUUCGAUACAUCUUCGACCAUCUAACGCAACUGCAGCUAUUCCAGUUGAUACCCCACGAGGAAGAGGCAAUCGUGUGGGUUGCGAAGAAGGGUGAUAAAUACUCGCCGCAGAUUGAAGAGCCUGACCUGAAUGAUCCCGAUUUGGGUGGCUUAAUUAUCGAAAAAGUCCCCAAAGCAGACGCUUUCAAGGGCUGGGACAUUUGA